UCCAACGCCAAAAAAACAAAACAUACCGGCUGAGGAUCGACAGUCGAUGGUCGUUGUGGCCUCUUAUAAUUAAUUAUUUAUGACCCAUCCGAUUGUGAUUAUUGACCAGCGACUAGUCACUAAACAUCCUAACAUAUCCUUCUCUUAUUUAAACCCACCCGCACACACACGCACAUAUUCAAUUCACUCUAUUCUCCGAAUCAAUUCCUUAAGAGAAAACCUCGGAAUUCAGAUCGAUGGCGAUUUUCUCGCGGCCCCAGCACGAGGUGUUCAUAAAUUACAGGGGGGACGAGCUUCGGUACGGCUUCGUAAGCCACCUGGUAGAGGCCCUCGAGAGGAACCGCGUCAAUUUCUUCAUAGACAAAGACGAACAGAGAGGCAAAGACCUCAAGGAUCUCUUCCUGAGGAUCGACCAGUCGCUGAUCGCUUUGGUCAUCUUCUCCAGGAGGUACGCCGAAUCGGAAUGGUGCUUGGACGAGCUCUCGAGGAUCAACAAGCGGGUGGAAAUGGGGAAGCUUAGAGUGAUACCCAUCUUCUACAAGGUCGAUGCCGAUGACGUCAGGGAGCAGAAGGGCAAGUUCGGUGACAAGUUCUGGGAACUGGCCAAGGCUUCUCGCGGUCACCAGAUCAUGGAGUGGAAGGAUGCUUUGGAGUCUGUUUCCGACAAGAUGGGCUUGUCCCUCUCCGACAAGAGCUCUGAGUCGGAUUUUAUAAAGAAAAUCGUUGAGGAGGUGGGGAGAGUACUGAGUGACAUUCCAUGUGACGAGGGAAUACGUUGCCACUCUUUCGACUUUCCAGAGAAGAAAAGGAGAAGUUCCCCUAUUGCUCCCCUGUAUCCUCAGUCUUUUCACUCCAAAAGAGCAAAAGCCAAGACCUUAUAGUGACAAAUGCGUUGUUCCAGACAUGAGUAUUAGUCUGAAUGUGUAAGGUUUGAAGAUGUCGUUUCAUAAUUGAACGAUAUUCGUUCCUGUACUGUAUAUGUGUAAUGUAUAACAAGGCCAUAAAUGAAGACUU